AUGCCCGUCAAGAGUCUCAAGAUCGCCAAUGGCUCCAUGCCCACCGUCGGCUUUGGCUUGUGGAAGGUCGGUGCUUCCCAUCCUCGCUCGUCCCUUCUGGCUUUUCCCCCCUCGAGCCGAGCCCGGCGCUGGCUUGCCCUCUUCGAAACGGAGAAUGACAUCCGUCAAAGGGAAGUGCUCUGCUCUAUACUGAUGCAGCUUGUAUUUUUGAACAGGUUCCCAAGCCGCAAUGCGCUGACGUCGUCUACAACGCUCUCAAGCUUGGCUACCGUCUUCUCGAUGGGUGCGCAGCGCUGGCUUUUGCACCUUUCUUGCUUUCCUCGAGUAUUGUCCGCUGAACAUUGUUUCUGUGUGCAGUGCUGCUGACUACGGCAAUUCCAGGGAGGCCGGAGAGGGAUUAGCCCGUGCGAUCAAGGACGGCGUCGUCACCCGCGAGGAGGUCUUUGUUACCUCCAAGCUGUGGAACACCAACCACGCUUACGAGCACGUCGUGCCGGCUGCCAAACAUGUUCGUGAUUCUCCUCAAUACCGACCCUUUCAGGUCUGAACACCGCACUGAUGGGGAAUUGCUUCGGCCUGGCCUACAACAGGAGCUCAGCUUGUGGGGCCUCGACUACUUUGACCUUUACUUGAUCCACUUCCCCGUCUCACUCGAAUACGUAGACCCCAACACCCGCUUCCCACCCGAGUGGUGGGACGGAACGCCGGGAGGCAAGGUCACGCCUUCAAACGACCCCAUCUCGGACACGUGGCGAGGCAUGGAGGACGUGCACAACCAGGGUCUGGCCAAGAACAUCGGUGUCAGCAACUUCUGCGGUGGCUUGUUGAUCGACUUGUUCCGCUCGGCCAAGGUCAAGGUUAGUCACCCAACAAUAAAUGCACUGAACGAAAUCAAGUAUCGCGCUGAAGACCUAACACAUAUGCUUCGACUUUUCGCUCAGCCCUCGGUCUUGCAAAUCGAGCACCACCCUUACCUGCAACAGCCGGCCAUGCUCAAGCUCGCGCAAGAGACGUUGGGCAUGGCCGUGACGGCGUACUCGUCCCUCGGACCCCAAUCCUUCUUGGAGCUCGAUCACCCGGGCGCCGUCAAGACCCCUUCGCUGCUCGAACACGACGUGAUCAAGAAGAUCGCCUCCAAGCACGGCAAGGGCGAGGGUCAGGUCUUGUUCCGAUGGGCAACGCAAAGGAACGUGGCCAUCAUCCCUAAGUCCAACAACGAUAAUCGCGCCGAGGCCAACUUGGCCAGCGUCGAGUUCGACUUGGACGAUGAGGACUUGAAGGCUAUUGAGAAGCUCGAUAUCGGCCUGCGCUUCAACAACCCUGGAGACAUCGACCCUCGUUUGGCCAUCUUUGCUUAG